AUGCGUUUAGUCUCAAAUACAAUCUCUCUAUCCGAGGAUGGCGACUAUGCCGCGCAAUUGAAUGGCAAAGAUCUUAUUAUUCAUUUGGACCCGGCAUCGCCUGAUUUCAAAGAGGUACAGAUCGUCAAGCUUAAGGAAGUUGCUUCAAAGUUCUUGAAGUUCUCCAGAUCCAAGCCCGUUCUACCUUCAAGCACGCACUCUUACGCAGGAGUGACUUCCCCAGGAAGACGCGUGCUCUGUACUAGUGAUUCACGGAUCCUGGUCUGGCAAUUGGACCCGUUGCAAUUGCUCGCAGAAAUCGAAAGCAUUGAGCCUGGCGCUACAUACGUCGACUUCGGAGGCGAUGAGAACGAGAUCGUUUUCUUUCAUGCCUGGAAUACGAAAAUUACAGUCUUCGGAUUGGACUCUGGUCGAAGCCAAAUCAUCAAAAGUCCCAAAUUUUCGAACAGCAAUGGCUUCGGGUACCGGCCCAAAACAAGGCAAUUUGCUGUUCUUCUGAAGCCGGAUGCUGUUGAUCUAUUGACCAUUCACGAAUUUCGAUCUUACGAGCUCAUAGGCCGAGCAGUUUUGCCUACAAUAGACGCUCAGGGCCUCAAAUGGAGUCCAGACGGGAGAUGGAUAGCCGUGUGGGAUGCUGCGAGUGCGGGCACCAGAGUCCUCAUUUUCACGGCUGAUGGGCAGCUCUUCAGAACGUAUAGUGGCCCUUCGGGCAUCGAUAGUUCGCUCGACCUCGGCGUUAGAGGGAUAGAGUGGAGCCCUGUUACCGGGCAACGCGGUGUGUCAGAGCUUCUGGUCGUUGGAAAGGUCGAUGGGACUGUUGACAUUCUCAAGACCCGAACAUUUUCCUGUUCGAUCACACUGUCCCAUGUCUUUCAGAUAGAGCAGAAUUCCCCCAGUGUCUGGCGGGAACGCUAUGCAGCUGAUGGAGACCUUGAAUAUGCCGAAGCAUCAAGCUCCUCUGCGUUUGGUAUGCCAGUCGAACCAUCCGGGGCGCCCCGGGGAGUGUCGAUCAUGGCCUUUAGCGCUAGCGGGACUCUUCUGGGCACCGUCGAUCCUACGCGACCAAACAUUGUCUGGAUAUGGGAUUUGGAGAGCACACCAGUCCUGUUGUCGGCGCUAGUCCACGAACAUACUGUUAGACAGGUCGUGUGGCACCAUUCCAAGACGCAGUUACUUAUAACAACAGCGAAUACCGCCUACACUGCUGUUCGGUACUGGUCGCCGUAUAGCCAGCCGUUCGUUACGCGCAUCCCCGUUCCGCGAAGCGAGACCGGACGAUACGAGGUGAGAUGGCUGUCUUUCGAUGAGGAUGAUGAUUCGAAGUUCUGGUUCGGAACCCCAGACGACUUUGUACUUGGUCACCUUGAGAGUGUCGAAAAUUCGCCACAAUUCAAGGUCACCACAACCAUUAAUGGUAAAGUCAAAGGAAGUAGCUACGGACCUGGUACGAGCAGAUGA